CGGCCGCGGCCCACAGGGCGCAGCGCGGCGGCCCCGGCGGGGCUGGGCGGGCGGGGCGGGGCGGGGCGGGGGCGGGCGGCGGGACCUACUUUCCUCUGGAAAUGGCCGCGCCGGGGAGCACCGUCCGCCCCGCGCCCCGAGGCCCGUCGGCGUAGGGCGGCCGCGGGGCCGCAGGCCUCCCCUGAGGGACGCCGGAGGCAGGAUGGAUGAACAGAAGCCUCCCAGCGAGGAGAAGGACGCGGUCGUGCCAGCCGAUGGGGCCGUGGCCUCAGAGGAGAUGGGCAGUGCGGAGGGGGACCCCCUGAAACCCCCUGAAGGAGCCUCUGCAGGGCCAGAGCCUGAGAGCACAGACACGAAAGGACCUUGCCAGGCUGGCAGCACGCUGGCCCGCCGCUGCGCCCUCUGCAACUGUGGGGACUGGAGCCCGCACGGGCAGCGGGAGCUGCAGCGCUUCGAGCUGGCGCCCAACUGGCCUGAGUGGCUGGCAGGGCACGAGCCCCCCGAGGGUCCUGGCCAGCCCCCCCUGGAGCUGGAGCCGGCGGGCGAUGGCCUGGUGCAGAUCGGCUUUUCUGAGCGGGUGACUCCAGUGCAGCUCUUCGAGUCGACAGGGCACUGCUGGGUCCACCGCUGCUGUGCGGCCUGGUCUGCCGGCGUGGGGCAGGAGGCGGCAGGGCUCGCUGGCGUGGACAGAGCUGUUUUCUCAGGGAUCUCACAGAAAUGUGAACACUGUCGGCGGAUGGGGGCCACUAUCCCAUGCCAGGCGGCCGGCUGCCCCCGCCUCUACCACUUCCCCUGCGCCGCUGCCAGCGGCUGCUUCCAGUCCAUGAAGACCCUCCGGCUCCUCUGUUCCGAGCACGUGGCCGAGGCCAUGCAGAUGGAGGAUGCCCGGUGCUCAGUGUGUGACGGGCCGGGUGACCUGCGGGACCUGGUUUUCUGCACCAGCUGCGGGCAGCACUACCACGGGGCCUGCCUGGACAUCACCCUGACGCCCCGCAAGCGCUCGGGCUGGCAGUGCCCUGAGUGCAAAGUGUGCCAAACCUGCAGGCAGCCUGGUGAGGACUCCAUGAUGUUGGUCUGCGAGGCUUGCGAUAAGGGCUACCACACCUUCUGCAUGGAGCCAGCCAUCGAGGGUCUCCCAGCCGACUCCUGGAAGUGCAAGAACUGCCGGGUCUGCUCCGACUGUGGCCGGUGCCCAGCGGGGCUUGACCCCGGCUGCCAGUGGUACCGGAGCUACUCGGUGUGCGAGGGCUGCCAGCAGCGCCGCGCCGCAGAGGCUGCUUGUGGGGAGCUGGCACACGUGCCACAGCCGGACCCACCCACCCAGACGUUGGUGUCCCCCAACCGCAGCGAACCGGCCGAUGUGCCCGUCCCUCCACCUGAGCCGGAGCCUGCGGGGUGCGAUGAGGAGACACAGCCAGGGGGGGACCCCAAGGAGGCACCUUUGGGUUAUGGUGGUGGGUCUCCUCCCGGUGAGCUGACCCCUGUGGAGGUGCCCCCCGAGGAGCCCCCUCCUCUCAUGCAGCCCCCCGAGGAGCCCCCUCCUCUCAUGCAGCCCCCCGAGGAGCCCCCUCCUCUGGUGCUGUCUCCUGAUGAGCCACCCCCUGAUGAGCUGCACCUCGAGAGACCAUCCCUUGAUGAGCUGCCCCUUGACAGACCCUCCCUUGAGGAGCUCCCCCCCAGUGAACCCCCCCUUGAUGACCUCCCCCCCGACAUACCUCCCCUCAACGAGCUGCCCCCCAAUAAACCACCACUGGAGAAGUCACCCCCUGAUGAUCUGCCCCCUGACAAAUCGCCCCCCAAUGAGCUGCCCCCUGAUGAGCCACCCCUUGACAAGUCUCCCCCCGAUGAGCUGCCCCCUGAAGAACCUCCCUGUGAUGAGCUGCCCCCUGAAGAACCUCCCCCUGACGAGCUGCCCCCUGACGAGCUGCUCCCCAGCGAGCUGCCCCCUGAGGAGGAGCCCAAGCCACCAGGUCUUCUCCCCGAGGUGGCCGUGGCAGAGGAAGCACCAGCCCUGGCCCCGGAGGUGCCCCACGAAGAGGAGAUGGAGCUGGAGCCGGAGCCCUUGCUGCCCCCUGAGACAGCACCCCCACCCCCGGCUCCCCAAGAUCUCUGUGCUGUCUCGCCCGCCCAACCUCCAGACCCCUCACUCGAUGCCAAGGAGGACGAGGUGCCUGAGCCGCCCACCCCAGUCCUGCCUGAGCCCCCCAGCAGCCCCGGCACUGCCAUGGACACUGAGCCCCCUGGCUCCCCACCACCCCCCCUGGGCUCCCCUGCCUGCACCCCGGCCCCUGCUGAGCCCCCUGAGGAUGAGGAGAUGGAGACGGCCGGUGGUGAGGGGGAGUCACCGGCCAGCCCUCCUGGAGACGGCCCCCAUACCAGCCCGGCCCCAGAGCUGGGACCCUUCCCCGGCCUGCCUGAGGAGGAGGAAGAGGAGGAGGAAGAGGCGCCGAGGCUGGAGCGGGAGGGCACCAGUGGGAGCUCCCCGCCGCUGAGUGAGGAGGAUGCAUUGGAGGAAGGCCGGACUGGGGGGGACCUUGAAGCUAAGGGGUCCCCCUUGCUCCUGGAGCCGGAGGAGCUGGGCCCCGAGACCCCCAUGGAGGUGUGCUCUGCUGGGGAGAAGCUGCUGGGCCGCGGAGAUGAGGGGGGCCCCGAGCCCCCUGCCCUGCGCCCCCGGCCCGACAUCCUCAACGAGAUCUCCAACCUGAGCCAGGGGGACACGAGCAGCAGCUUCCCCGGCUCAGAGCCGCUGCUGGGCUCCCCGGACCCCGAGGGCGGGGGCUCGCUGUUCCUUGAGCUGGGACCGGCCUCGGCCGACGCCAGCCUGCAGAAGGAGGACGCUGGGUCGCUGCCGCUGGGCGCCGAGACCGAUGACUCGCUGCUCUUCGAGCCGGCCGCCAAGGGGGAUGGGGACAAGAAUCGACGGCGCAGCUCCCCGGGGCGCUCCCGUGUCAAGCAGGGUCGCAGCAGCAGCUUCCCUGGGCGGAGGCGCCCCCGAGGUGGGUCCCACGGGGGCCGGGGCCGGGGCCGUGCACGCCUGAAGUCGACCACCUCGUCCGUUGACACCCUAGCACUCGCUGACGUGGAGAGCUCACCCAGCAAGGAGGACGACGAGGAUGAUGACGACACGAUGCAGAACACAGUUGUCCUCUUCUCCAACACUGACAAGUUUGUGCUCAUGCAGGACAUGUGCGUGGUGUGUGGCAGCUUUGGGCGUGGGGCCGAGGGGCACCUCCUUGCCUGCUCCCAGUGCUCCCAGUGCUACCACCCAUACUGUGUCAACAGCAAGAUCACGAAGGUGAUGCUGCUAAAGGGCUGGCGCUGCGUGGAAUGCAUCGUCUGCGAGGUGUGUGGCAAAGCCUCUGACCCUUCCCGGCUCCUGCUCUGCGACGACUGCGACAUCAGCUACCACACAUACUGCCUGGACCCCCCUCUGCAGACCGUGCCCAAGGGCGGCUGGAAGUGCAAGUGGUGCGUGUGCUGCGUGCAGUGCGGGGCAGCUUCCCCCGGCUUCCACUGUGAGUGGCAGAACAACUACACCCAUUGCGCACCCUGCGCCAGCCUGGUCGUCUGCCCCUUCUGCCGUGAGAAGUACGUGGAGGACGACCUGCUCAUCCAGUGCCGGCACUGCGAUCGGUGGCUGCACGCGGCGUGCGACAGCCUCUUCACAGAGGAGGAGGUGGAGCAGGCCGCGGAUGAAGGCUUCGACUGCAGCGCCUGCCAGCCCUAUGUGGUCAAGCCAGCUGUGCCCGCACCUCCCCCAGAGAUAGCCUUGGUCAAAGCUAAGGAGCCAGAGCCCCAAUAUUUCCGCUUUGAGGGUGUGUGGCUGACGGAGACAGGGAUGGCGGUGCUGCGCAACCUCUCCCUGUCGCCCCUGCACAAGCGGCGGCAGCGCAAGGGCCGGCUGGGCACCCUGAAUGGGGACGGGGGGCUGGAAGGGGGGGACCCCCUGGGCCCCGACGACAAGAAGGAUGGCGACCUGGAUGCUGAUGAGCUGCUUAAAGCCGAAGUGGGUGUUGAGCACAUGGAGUGCGAGAUCAAGCUGGAGGCUCCGGCGAGUCCCGACCGCGACAUAGGGGCUGACGUGGACUCUGGGAAGGGGCUGGAGGACCCGGAGGAGUGCAAGAAGAGGAAGCGCAAGCCAUACCGGCCUGGCAUCGGCGGCUUCAUGGUGCGGCAGCGCAAGUCCCACACCCGCCUGAAGAAGGUUGCGGCAGUGCUGGCUGAAGUGGGGCGCGAGGGGCUGAGCGCCGAGGGUCACCCGGAGGAUGGGGCUCCGGGUGACCUCCCGGCCGAGGGUGGCCUGGACCUGGGCUCAGCAGAGGGGGACGAGAAGAAGAAGCGCCGGGGAAGGAAGAAGAGCAAGUUGGAGGACAUGUUCCCCCCCUACCUGCAGGAGGCGUUUUUUGGGAAGGCACUGAUGGACCUGAGCCGGAAGGCGCUGCUGGCGGCGGGCGGUGUGGGGGACGGGGCUGCCCGCCCCUCCCUGGCCCAGGGUGCCCCACGACCCAAGGGGGAUCCCAACCUGGCCGGAGCACUGCAGGGUGCCCCCCCUGACAGGAGGGACACCCCCACACACCCCCGAGGGGACGACAGCACCGACGGCAGCGCUGCCGCUCCUGACGAUGACGGCAAGGACGACGCAAAGGCCGAGGACCUGGGGGCCGAUGAGCCAAAGGAUUCCCCGGACCCCGGGGACGCCGAGAAACCAGCCACCCCGGGUGAGGGUGCGCUGAGCUCUGACCUCGACAAGAUCCCCACAGAAGAGCUGCCCAAGAUGGAGAGCAAAGACGUCCAGCAGCUCUUCAAGGACGUGCUGGGCUCGGCAGAGCGUGGGGAGCAGCCCCUGAACUGCGUGGCCACGGGGAUGGAGGCCGGUGGUGCAGGGCAGGACCCCAGCCGGGCACAGCGGCCAUUCCUGCAAGGAGACCUCCAGCUGCCGGGGCAGGGGAGCAUUUCCCUGGGCUCGCUCUCUGGAGCCGUCUCCUUGGAGUCAUAUUCGGGUGUUUGCCAGUCUCCGUUCCUCGAUAACAGGGAGCGGAGUGGCUUCUUUAGCCCAGACCACUGUGAGCCCGAGAGCCCCUGGGCCAGCAGCUCGGCCGCCACCACCCCCUCAACACCCACGACACCCACGACAGAGGGUGAGAGUGAUGGGCUGUCCUACAACCAGCGCAGCCUGCAGCGCUGGGAGAAGGAUGAGGAGCUGGGCGAGCUCUCCACUAUCUCGCCCGUUCUCUAUGCCAACAUGAACUUCCCCAAUCUUAAGCAAGAUUAUCCAGACUGGUCGAGCCGCUGCAAACAGAUCAUGAAGCUCUGGAGGAAAGUCCCCGCCACAGACAAAGCUCCCUAUUUGCAAAAGGCCAAAGAUAACCGGGCGGCUCAUCGCAUCAACAAGGUGCAGAAGCAGGCCGAGAGCCAGAUCAACAAGCAGACCAAAGGGGAGGGACUGCGCAAGCCGGAGAGGCCCUCGCUGCACCUGCGGAUCCCGGUGCCGCCAGGGGCACAGCCUGUCUACAUCAGCAGCCCCCCUGCCACAGGCGAGGGCUUCCUGAAGCCCCCAGCGGGUGCUGGAGGGGGGCCGGAGUCACCCAGUGAGCUCUUCCUCAAGCUCCCGCCCCAGUCCCCUGCCCAAGUGCCUUCGCACGAUCCCUACGGCACGGCGCCCGCCUAUGCGCUGGAGCCCCGCUUUCCCUCACCCCUGGGCCAGAGCCCCACGGCAGGUGCUGCCUUCCAGCCCUUCCCUGGCCAGCCCCAGCCCCUCACUGGCCCCCGUGCUGUCCCCGGCUCCCAGCCCCCCGACUUCCACCCCACGCCACCUGGCACCCCCCGGCACCAGCCUGGCACCCCCGACCCCUUCCUGAAGCCCCGGUGCCCCUCCUUGGACAACCUCUCGGUGCCAGGGAGCCCUGGGGCCCGGCCCCCUGAGCCCCUGCUCUCGCCCCUACCUUUUGGGGAGCAGAAGAAGGGCCUGGAGGUAAAGAAGGAGGAAGGGGGGAGUUUGGGGGUCUGCUCACCCGGCUAUUCCCCUGCCGUGGGCUACGGGGACUCCCCAGGCGUCCCCCACCUCUCGGCUGCGGAGCUGAAGGCAGCUGACGUCUUCAAAGCCCCCAUGACCCCACGGGUGUCUCAGGUAGAACCGCAGAGCCCGGGGCUGGGGCACCGCCCCCCCGACCCCCAUCCCCUGGCCCCCUCGCCCCCUGGCCACCCUGAUCUCUACCGCCAGUCACCCUACCCAGACCCCUACUCACAGCCCCCACUGACGCCCCGGCCGCAGCCCCCCGAGGGCUGCUGUGCUCUCCCACCCCGCUCUGUGCCCUCAGAGCCCUUUUCACGUGUCCCCGCCAGCCCCCAGUCCCAGUCCAGCUCCCAGUCGCCCCUCACGCCCCGGCCGCUCUCCAACGAAGCCUUCUGUCAGUCCCCUGUCACCCCCCGCUUCCAAUCCCCAGAUCCUUACUCCCAGCCGCCCUCCCGGCCCCAGUCCCGAGACCCCUUCACCCCCCUGCACAAGCCCCCUCGGCCCCAAUUGCCAGAGCCGGGGUUCAAGUCGGUGCCGCUCUCGCACAGCCCAGCGGCUGGCGGGGGCUUUGGGGGCACCCUGGCAGGCGAGCCCCACACCAAGGCGCCGGGUGGGCAGCAACCCCCCUUUGCACGCUCCCCCGGCGCCAGUGUCUUCCCAGGCAGUCAGGCCCCUAUGCGCUUCACCUUCCCCCCCGCCGUCUCGGAGCCGCUCAAGGGCUCCCCGUCCCACCAGCCCCACGGGAUCAACAGCCAUUACGUCCCCGGCAAGCCCCAGAGCUCAGCCUAUGCUUCGUCCCCUGGCUUCCACCAAGCCAGCAGCCCGCUGGGACCAGGUGCUGCAGCUGCUGAGACCUACAGCCUCUCGCCCCUCCGGCCGCCCUCCGUGCUGCCGCAGCAGCCCCCAGCCACCCCGCAGCAGCAGGAUGCCUCUGUUGCUUUCCUGCCCCGAGCUGCGCUGGGGCCACCAGCUGACAAGAGAGAGGAGGCAACUGCGGGACUCUCGGCACCCCCGAACCGGGAUUUGGCAGAGCUGUCCGGUGGCCAGGACGGGGCCCUCGGCACCAUGAGCCAGUCGGAGCUGGAGAAGCAGCGGCAGCGCCAGCGGCUCCGUGAGCUGCUGAUCCGCCAGCAGAUCCAACGCAACAGCUUGCGGCAGGAGAAGGAGAGCGCGGCAGCAGCAGCUGCCACCUCUUCGCCGGCAGGCUGGGCCCCUGAGGCUGGCAGCCAGGCUUUCGAGCUGAGCCGGGGCAUGGCCCCUUACCAGCCAGCACAGGACAAGGCUCUUCUCGGGACACUAGCUACUGCAGCCGGUGCUGGGAAGCUGCCCGGCUCUGUCAUGGUGCAGGCAGCAUUUGCGCAGGAUGAGCGGCUCUCCCGGCCUCCGGCGGCAGCGACGCCAUCCACCCUGGACAUCAACGGGAGGGCGGCGGUGGGACCCCCCCAGGCCUUCUAUCCCCGCGGAGUCUUCCCGGCACCAUCCCCACAGCAGCACCUCUGGCAGCAGCAGCAGCAGCAGCAGGCAGCCACGGCGCUGCGGCUCCCCGUCACCUCCCGCUUCGCCCCACCAGCCGCCAGCACCCCCGUGGGCAGUCUGGGCACUCGCCUGCAGGCGCCUGCCGAGACGGUGUCCUCCUCGCCUGCCACCCUGGGUGCCCCCUUCAUCGAGCUGCGGCACAAUGUGCAGAAGGGACCCGGGGGGGUUGUGGGCCCCCCCUUUGCCCCCCAGGCACCCCGGCCCCGCUUUUUCCUGCCUGGGGAGGAGGGCACCCCCCAGGCUCUCUGCACCCCUAUCAUGCCCAUGCAGGCGCUCCCCGUCCCAGCGUUGCAGCCCCAGAAGAUGCCGGUGCCACUGCCACCCGCCUCCCCACAGGGAGCUGAGAUGAGCAACAGUCACCACCAGCCUCAUGCCAAAGUGGCCGCCCCCCCGCCACUGCCGGCCCCCAGCCUGGAGCUACAGCAUGUCCCCCCGCGCCCGCUGUCCUCUGGUUCUGCCCUCCGCCCUGAGGGUCCCAAGGAUGGCCCUGCACCAGACCCCGUGCCAGCUCCAGCCCCGGGGAAGAGCCACCUGAGCCUGGAGGGGGGACGUCUGCCCUGUGAGGUGCCGGUGGAGCCUGAUUUGGAUGAUGACUUUGGCUCCCACAAGGACCUGGAAGAUGACGACGAUUUGGCCAACCUGAGCCUGGAUCCGGAUGUGGCUAAAGGGGACGAUGAUUUGGACAACCUGGACAGCCUGGAGACAGCAGAUCCCCACCUUGACGACCUGCUGAAUGGCGAUGAGUUCGAUCUGCUGGCCUACACGGACCCCGAGCUGGACACUGGUGACAAGAAGGACAUUUUCAAUGAGCACCUUCGCCUGGUCGAGUCGGCCAAUGAGAAAGCUGAGCGUGAAGCCCAGCUCAAGACGGAGCCGCCAAUGCCCAGCUUGAAGCUCCCUGACCCUGGGGACAGCAAAGCCACAGCCUCAUCCGCAGAGGACCAGGAGGUGCCCAAGGAUGGGCUGGUGCCUGGGGUGGGCUUGGGACCCGCUCCCUGCCCGACAGGCACUGCGCUAGCACCUGACCCGGCUUUUAAGGCGCAGGGUACAGAGGUGAAGGCAGGUUUGCUGCCCACUGAUGUCAAGCCCAAGGUGGAGGACGGCUGCCUGAAGACCUCUCCCUGCCAGUUCACCACCAGCGGUCCCGAGCGGAUCCCAGUCCCCAUCAAGUCGGAGGCCCUGCAGGGUGCGGAUAAGAUCUCUGCCUCACUGGGGCUGAGCCUCAAAUCCAGUCAGACUGUCCUGAGCCCCGGGGCCGGCCCAGCUCGCCUCGCCUUGACUCACUUUGCUAAUAGCAGCCACACCGGUGUCCCCGUGCCGGAAAAGGACCCUUACGCUGGCCCCAGCCGUGGGCUGGCCCCUGCCCAGCUGGGCAGCCAGAGCAACCCCUUGUUGGAGAAGUUCGAGCUGGAUGGUGGAGCCCUGGGCCUGGGCAGCGCCCGGCACUCGCCGGCUGAUGAUUUGGACAAGAUGGAGAGCUCGCUGGUGGCCAGUGAGCUGCCCCUCCUCAUCGAGGACCUGCUGGAGCAUGAGAAAAAGGAGCUGCAAAAGAAGCAGCAGAUGUCGGCCCACCUGCCCCGGGGUCCCCCACACCUCCCGGCCCCGGGGCACCCCAUGCUGCACACGGCAGUGGCCGGGCAACCCCCUGAGGGGCAGCCCCCCCGCCUGGGUGCUCCGCAGCCCCCCCUCCAGCUGGGGCUGGUGGCCAGGCCACCGCUGAUGCCACCUCAGCCCCCCAGGAUUGGUACACCCCAGCAGGGCCCAGCACUGGCCCCCCACAUGGGCAUGGCCCCCGGGCAGCCCCAUGUCCUGGCAGCCCCCCACGGUGUGCAGGUAGCCUUGGCGCAGCCGCAGCAGAGCCAGCAGCAGGUGAUGGUGCAGAAGCCGAUGGCUGGGGUGCAGCCGCCCACCCUGGGCCUGAAGCCCCCCCAGCUCGUCAUGCAACAGCAGUUAGCCAACAGCUUCUUCCCAGACACAGACCUGGACAAGUUUGCGGCCGAGGACAUCAUGGACCCCAUUGCCAAGGCCAAGAUGGUGGCGCUGAAGGGCAUCAAGAAGGUGAUGGCUCAGGGCAGCAUUGGGGUGGCCCCAGGCAUGAACAGGCAACAGGUUUCCCUGCUGGCCCAGCGGCUCUCGGGGGGCCCGGCUGUCUCCGAGAUGCAGAAUCACUUGUUGGCAGGGAGCGGGCAGGAGCGGAGUGGCACCGACCCAACUCAGGCUCGCCCCAACCCACCCACCUUCGCACAGGGCGUCAUCAACGAGGCCGACCAGCGGCAGUACGAGGAGUGGCUCUUCCACACACAGCAGCUCCUGCAGAUGCAGCUGAAGGUGCUGGAGGAGCAGAUUGGGGCGCACCGCAAGUCACGCAAGGCCCUCUGUGCCAAGCAGCGCACCGCCAAGAAAGCUGGGCGGGAGUUCCCCGAGGCCGAUGCUGAGAAACUCAAGUUGGUGACAGAACAGCAGAGCAAAAUCCAGAAGCAGCUGGACCAGGUGCGGAAGCAGCAGAAGGAGCACACCAACCUCAUGGCUGAGUACCGCAACAAGCAGCAGCAGCACCAGCACCAGGCCUCGGCUGUCAUGGCCCUGAGCCCCUCGCAGAGCCCCCGCCUCAUGUCCAAGCUCCCUGGGCAGCUGCUCUCAGCACAUGGUGUCCAGCAGCCGGCGGGGGCCGUGGUGGGUGCGCAGGGCCUCGGCCAGCAGCCAGGGCAGCCAGGGGGGCUGCGCCUGCCCCAGGGUGGCGUGUCCAUGGCCGUGCAGCAGGGCCUGUCCUUCAUGGGCCAGCAAGCCAUGGGGAACACCCCGGUGCCCGGCACAUCCAACGCCUUCUUCGCUGGGAACCCUGCGCUCCGCGGGCUGGCCACCGACAGCCGCCUGAUGCAGGAGAGACAGCUCCAGAGGAUGCAGCUGGCCCAGAAACUGCAGCAGCAGAACAUGCUGGGACAGGUGUCACUGCAGCAGCAGCCAGGCACGAUGGGACAGGCGUCGAUGCAGCAACCAGGUGUGAUGGGACAAGCGUCGAUACAGCAACAGGGUGUCAUGGCACAGGCAGCCGUGCAGCAGCCGGGUGCGAUGGGACAAGCGUCGAUGCAGCAACAGGGUGUCAUGGCACAGGCAGCCGUGCAGCAGCCGGGUGCGAUGGGACAAGCGUCGAUGCAGCAACAGGGCGUCAUGGGACAGGCAGCCGUGCAGCAGCCGGGUGCGAUGGGACAAGCGUCGAUGCAGCAACAGGGCGUCAUGGGACAGGCAGCCGUGCAGCAACCAGGUGUUGCUGUCAUGGGACAGACCUCGAUGCAGCCACAGAGCGUCAUGGGACAGACCUCGAUGCAGCCACAGAGCAUCAUGGCACAGACACCGAUGCAGCAGCCAGGCGUCAUGGGACAACCUUUAGUGCAACAGCCAGGCGUUAUGGCGCAGACGUCGAUGCAGCAGCAGACUGUCAUGGCGCAGACGUCGAUGCAGCAGCCAGGCAUGAUGGGACAAGCCUCGAUGCAGCAGCCUGGUGUCAUGGGCCAAGGCUUGAUGCAGCAGCCCGGCGUCAUGGCACAGACAUCGAUGCAGCAGCCCGGCGUCGUGGCGCAGACAUCGAUGCAGCCGACAGCCGUGGUGGGGCAGCAGCAGCCGGCACCGGCCCCGCAGCCGGGUGCGGUGGGGCAGCCCAUGGUGCCAAAGCAGCCGGGGCUGAUGGGCAACCAGCAGAGCCUGCUGGUGCAGCAGCUCUCGCCCCAGCAGCAGCCGGGCUUGCUGGGCCACGCGCAGGCGCCGGGGCUGCAGCACCAGGCGGUGCUGAGCCACCCCCCACCCCAGCGCCAGGUUCUCUUGGCCCCCCACCAGCAGCGGGUGCUGGGCUCGCCCCAGCUGACGCCGCAGACUCCGGGGAUGCUGGGCCACCGGCUCGUGCUGUCCCAGCAGCUGGGGCAGUCGCGGGCGCUGCUGGCCCCGCAGCAGCAGCAACAGCAGCAGAACUCGGCGGCCGCCCAGCCAGGCCUCCUGGGGCUGGGCCAGGGGCAGCCCCCAAUCCAGCACUUUCCGCAGCACGGGGCAGUGGGCCAAGUCCCCUCUGUGCUGCACCUGAGUCAGGGAAUGCAGCCAGCCCCAGCGGUCCUGGCUGCCAAGGACCUGCCUGGAGGGGCGGAUGGCAGUGCCCUGCCCGCUGAAGGCAGCGAGAGCGGGGGGCAACUGCAUGGGGGCCUCCAGGAGCCUCAGGGAGCCCUCAACCCCCCGGGGCUGGGUGGCCUGGAGCCCUCAGCCCCCAAACACCAGGCUGAGCAGCUCCUCUUGGCCUCACCGCAGCCAGGCGUCCUGGGCUCACAGUCAGCGCUGCGGCCAGCCCCGGUGCAGCCAGGCACUCUGCUCGCCCCUCCGCUGCAGAGCCCUGGGGCCACCUGCCCUGAGCUGUCCCAGCAGCAUGGGGAUGCUGCCGGGGUGGCGGACCCACCGCUGGGCUGCGGGACGGGCCAGGCACAGGGCAUGGCACGGCCACCGGAGCAGCCAAGCAAGGGGCCACCAGGCUCGCUGCAGGGCCAGCCGCAGCCCCCACGGCUCCAGAGCCCCGGGCAGCACAAAGCGGGGCUGGCAGUGCCGUCGCCAGGCACAGCCACGCUCCCUCCGGGUCUCCUGGGGCAGGUGCCGGGGCCGGUGAUGGGCCAGAUCCGGGCACAGCUCCAGGGCGUCCUGGCCAAGAACCCACAGCUGCGGCACCUGACGCCCCAGCAGCAGCAGCAGCUCCAGGCCCUCCUGGUGCAGCGGCACCAUCAGAGCCUGCUGCAGCAGAGCCAGGCACUCCGGCCCCCCGGCCCCUUCCCCGGGCAGGCCCCGGACCACGGUUCCCUGGCCCCUGUGGCCCGCCAGGCCCCUCGCCCACUGGGGCCCCUCUUCCAGCCACGGCCAGGUGCCCAGGCAGAGGCGCAAGCCGGCCUUGCCACAGAGCAGGGGCGCGUGGCGCCGGGGCAGCCCCCACAGCAGCCCCUGGCUGAGAUGGUGCAAGCGGCCCUGGCUGCCCGCGGCCCCCAGCCGGGCCUUGUCCGGCUCCCCACGCCGCCAGCCCCCUCGCCCCUGGGCUGCGCACCCCAGCACCUGGCCAGCCCUGAGCAGAGCCCCCAAGAGCCAAAGAAGAUGUCACCGGGGGUCCCGGCCUCUGCCCCCAGCCCAGCAGCACCGGUGGAGCAGGGAGCGAUGCCCACGCUGAGUGGCACCCUCCCUGACCUGGCACGUGGCCCCUGGGACUCUGAGGCACCUGAUGCAGACCCAGCCAACCCUGGUGAGACCCAUAUCAAUGGUGCUGUGCCAGAGGGGCCCCCCACAGCGGGCAAACCUACCCAGGUGUUGGUGAAGCAGGAGCCGAAGGAGGAGGCAGUGGUGGCACAGUGCGAGCUGGAUGGAGAUGAGGCAGCGAAGCUGGAGGCCAACGGGGAUCCCGGGGCUGGCCAAGCCAACAGCCUGCUGGCGUCGGGCAGCCGCUCCGAGGCCGGGCAUCUGCUGCUGCAGAAGCUGCUGCGGGCCAAGAACGUGCAGCUCUCGGCACAGAGCCCGGGUGAGCUCAAUGGGCACGUGGAGAGCCGGGGUGCUGUGACAGAGCUGCGGCCGCAGCCGGUGCUGCUGGGCCGGGAGGACCCCUCCAUUGCCAGGAAGCCAGCAGCCACCAAGCCCAAGCGGGUGCAGAAGGGCAACGAGCGGGUCCCAGCGUCCCGCAAGAAGCUGCGGAAGGACGAGGGGCUGCGCCCCGGCGAGGCGCUCAUGAAGCAGCUGAAGCAGGAGCUGUCAUUGCUGCCGCUGACGGAACCGACCAUCACAGCCAACUUCAGCCUCUUCGCACCCUUCGGCAGCAGCCCUAUCAACGGGAAGAGCCAACUGCGGGGUGCCUUCGGCAGCGCCAUACUUGACAGCAUGCCCGACUAUUACUCCCAGCUGCUCACCAAGAACAACCUCAGCAACCCACCCACGCCGCCCUCCUCGCUGCCCCCCACGCCACCCCCCUCCGUGCAGCAGAAGAUGGUGAAUGGUGUCACGGCCCCCGAGGAGCUGGGUGAGCAGCCCAAGGACGCCAACCCUGCCCGCGAGCCCCACGGCCAGAAAGACACACCGGCCGUCGAGGUGAAGAGCCUGGACCUGCUGGCAGCUCUGCCCACCCCGCCACACAACCAGACCGAGGAUGUCAGGAUGGAGAGCGACGACGAGAGUGACUCCCCUGACAGCAUUGUCCCUGCCUCGUCCCCCGAGAGCGUGCUGGGCGAGGAGCUGCUCCGCUUCCCCCUGCUCAGUGAGGCCAAGCCAGAGCUGGAGGAGCGUGUGCUGUCCCCCAUCAUCCCCAUCAUCCCCCGGGCCAGUAUCCCAGUGUUCCCUGACACGAAGCCCUACGAGGCCAUGGAGCCCUUCGGGGCCCCCUCUGGGAAGGUGGGGGCAGCAGGCCCAGGCACCCCGUGGGAGAAGGGUAAGAGCAGCGAGGUCUCCGUCAUGCUGACAGUGUCUGCGGCAGCCGCUAAGAACCUUAAUGGGGUGAUGGUGGCCAUGGCCGAGCUACUGAGCGUGAAGAUCCCCAGCUCUUACGAGGUGCUGUUCCCGGAUGGCCCCAUGCGAGCGGCUGUGGUUGAGGCCAAGAAGUUGGAGACAGAUGUGGCUGGGGUGCUCGGUGGUAAGGAGAAGGCGGCGCUGGGUGGGAAGGUGCCAGACAGCAGCUCCGAGUGGCUGAAGCAGUUUGACGCAGUGCUGCCAGGGUAUAGCCUCAAGGGCGAGCUGGAUCUCCUGACGCUGCUCAGACAGGAGAGCCCUGCACCCGAGAAGACCCUGCACCACUGCUACGUCAACAACGUCUCCAACCUGGACGUGCGGCAGCUCUCCGUCAUGCCGCAGGAGCCCUCGCCCCCGCUGUCCCCGUCUGUCCCCUCCCCAUCCAGCCCUGCUGAGGCUGCCAGGGUCCCUGACCCCGAGGUGGCCCACGAGGCAGUCCCAGCCCCCCCGUCGCCCCUGCCGCCGGCCCCCUCGCCAGCACCCCAGGAGGAAGGGGCCGUGGCCCCCCACUCACCACCCCGCUUCAAGCCACGCUCACGGCCACCAGAGGACGGGGACGAAGCACGACCCCGGCUGAAGAAGUGGAAAGGGGUGAGGUGGAAACGGCUGCGCUUCCUCGUCACUAUCCAGAAAGGGGGGGCCAAGCGGGACGGUGACAAGGAGAUUGCGGAGUUCAUCGACAAGCUGGGCACCACCCUGCGCCCCGAAAAGGUGCCGCGGGACCUGCGCAAAUGCUGCUUCUGCCACGAGGAGGGCGACGGGGCAACGGACGGGCCGGCCCGCCUGCUAAACCUUGACCUUGACCUCUGGGUCCACCUGAACUGUGCUCUGUGGUCCACGGAGGUCUAUGAGACACAGGGAGGGGCCUUGAUCAACGUGGAGGUGGCCCUGCACCGCGGCCUGCUCACCAAGUGCUCCCUGUGCCAGAAAACCGGUGCCACCAACAGCUGCAAUCGCAUCCGCUGCCCCAGCGUCUACCACUUCGCCUGCGCCAUCCGCGCCAAGUGCAUGUUCUUCAAGGACAAGACCAUGCUGUGCCCCUUGCACAAGCUGAAGGGCCCCUGCGAGCAGGAGCUGAGCAGCUUCACCGUCUUCCGACGCGUCUACAUUGAACGGGACGAGGUGAAGCAAAUCGCCAGCAUCAUCCAGCGCGGCGAGCGGCUCCACAUGUUCCGCGUGGGUGGGUUGGUCUUCCACGCCAUCGGGCAGCUCCUGCCACACCAGAUGGCUGACUUCCACAGUGUCACGGCCCUCUACCCUGUGGGCUACGAGGCCACGCGCAUCUACUGGAGCCUGCGGACCAACAACCGCCGCUGCUGCUACCGCUGCACCAUCUGUGAGAACAACGGCCGCCCCGAGUUCGUCGUGCAAGUCAUCGAGCAGGGCCUGGAGGAUCUGGUCUUUUCUGACUCCUCGCCACAAGCUGUCUGGAACCGGAUCAUUGAGCCGGUGGCGAUGAUGAGGAAGGAAGCAGACAUGCUGCGACUCUUCCCCGAGUACCUGAAAGGCGAGGAGCUCUUCGGCCUCACAGUGCACGCGGUGCUGCGCAUCGCCGAAUCGCUGCCCGGCGUCGAGAGCUGCCAGAACUACCUGUUCCGUUAUGGGCGCCAUCCGCUGAUGGAGCUGCCGCUGAUGAUCAACCCUACCGGCUGCGCCCGCUCCGAGCCCAAGAUCCUCACCCACUACAAGCGGCCCCACACCCUGAACAGCACAAGCAUGUCCAAGGCCUAUCAGAGCACGUUCACGGGCGAGACCAACACACCCUACAGCAAACAGUUCGUGCACUCCAAGUCCUCCCAGUACCGGCGCCUGAAGACGGAGUGGAAGAACAAUGUCUACCUGGCGCGGUCCCGUAUCCAGGGGCUGGGUCUUUAUGCAGCUAAGGACAUCGAGAAGCACACCAUGGUCAUCGAGUACAUCGGCACCAUCAUCCGCAACGAGGUGGCCAACCGCCGGGAGAAGAUCUACGAGGAGCAGAACCGUGGCAUCUACAUGUUCCGCAUCAACAACGAGCACGUCAUUGACGCCACGCUGACAGGGGGCCCGGCCAGGUACAUCAACCACUCGUGUGCCCCGAACUGCGUGGCCGAAGUCGUGACCUUCGACAAGGAGGACAAGAUCAUCAUCAUCUCCAGCCGGCGCAUCCCCAAGGGGGAGGAGCUCACCUACGACUACCAGUUCGACUUCGAGGACGAUCAGCACAAGAUCCCCUGCCACUGUGGAGCCUGGAACUGCCGAAAGUGGAUGAACUAGCUGGGAAAAGGGGCUGGAGGCCAUGGCCCCCACCGCGGGGACCUCGCCCAGACCCGCUGGGGCUGCGGGAGGCGCCAGGGCGGCCGGGCAGGCGGCGGCGGCCGGGGCACGGAGGCUCCGGUGGGGAGGGCGGCCGCUGCGGAGCCGCCGGCCCUGCCCGGGCGGGACGGACGGAUGGACGAACUGGCAACUCAGGGUUUUCUUUGCUUCGUCCUGCGAGGAAGGGGGGGGGUCCAGCGAGACCAUCCCCACCACCACCGCCCGCCUCCCUCGUGGGGGAGCCAUGGGGGAGCAGAGCGGUCCCAGCAAAGCCGGAGUGAGUUCGGAGCCGGCCAUGGAUUAUUUUUAUUUUUUUUUUUUUUUUUUUUUUAGAAACAAAACUAAUAAUAUUUGCUCGCUAAUUACCAAGGUAACACAGACUCCUUGAGCUCGACAAUCCGGGCUCUGCCCCGUCGCACCGCGGCGGCCAGAGCUCGCUCGGUUCCUUUGAUCUCUUUUUGUUUGUGCGUGUGGACGAGACCCCGGAGCGCGGCGGCGCGGGAGGAGGCGCCUGCGGCGAGGGCCCCCCGACAGACACAAGGAGCUUCUGCACCCAAACCUACCUCAUUUUAAGUGUUAGAUUUUUUUUUUUUUUUGGUUGGUGUUUUUAAAUAUGAGCCCCUGUCACAUGUCCGGCCAGAGCCUCCUGCCACCGGAGCUGGCCCCGGAGGGGAGCUCUUUCCCUCUCCCUUGGGCCCCAGAAGUGCAGCCCCCCCCCCCCCUUGUCCCCUUCCUCCGGCUGUGGGGUCCCUGGGGAGAGGGGGGGUUGUGGGGGAACCCCUGCCCUCAUCCCCGGGGGGGUCCCAGCCGCGCGACGUGCC